CCCGGCACAGCAGGGCCUUGCGCCAGGACGCGCCGCGCCAGACGCGGCCACCACAGACAGUAGGAAGGAGCGUCCCGAUGGCUGAGACGUUGGAUGGCACCGAUCACCAGAGCAGAGAUCUCUGAAGACACCUUCCAGAAGCAGUCAGAAACUUUCACAGGGCAUGAGAUAAAGUAUUCUGAAGCCCACAAAGAAGAAGCAGCCAUUUGCAAAGCACCGAGUGGCCCUUGACAUCGCAGCGUGAGAGAGACCCUUCUGCAGUGCUGGGCAAUGCGGGCCCUCUGCAGUCCUACUGCCCACCAGCUCCAGGCUGUGCUGCCAGUGCCCGUCCAGCGGCAGUGAACGGUGCCCUGCCGCCUGGCCUCCCUGCCCAGGAGUUUGCUGCCUGCGCCCUCCAGCUGCGAGCCUGCCGUGAGGAUGCUGCUCCUAGCACUCGCCGUGGUGCUGGGGACAGCGGUGGCCUUUGCACCCAUGCCUCGGAUCACCUGGGGACACAGAGAGGUGCAGCUGGUGCAGUUCCACGAGCCUGGCAUUUUCAACUACUCAGCCCUGCUGCUCAGCGAGGACAACAACACGUUGUAUGUAGGUGCCCGGGAAGCCGUAUUUGCUGUGAGCGCGCAGAACAUCUCCAAGAAGCAGCACGAGGCCUAUUGGAGGGUCUCGGAAGAUAAACAAGCAAAAUGUGCAGAGAAAGGGAAGUCCAAACAGACAGAAUGCCUCAACUACGUCCGAGUGCUGCAGCCACUUGAUGCCGCGGCCCUGUACGUGUGUGGGACCAACGCCUUCCAGCCCACCUGUGACCACCUGAACUUAACAUCCUUUACAUUUCUGGGAAGAAAUGAAGAUGGCAAAGGCAGGUGUCCCUUUGACCCGGCCCAGAGCUACACCUCAGUCAUGGUUGAUGGAGAUCUUUAUUCUGGAACAUCCUAUAACUUUUUGGGGAGUGAACCCAUCAUCUCCCGAAAUUCUUCACACAGCCCUCUGAGAACAGAGUACGCAAUACCCUGGCUUAACGAGCCCAGCUUCGUCUUUGCCGACGUGGUACGAGAGAGCCCGGACAGCGCCGAUGGUGGGGACGACAGGGUCUACUUCUUCUUCACUGAGGUGUCUGUGGAGUAUGAGUUUGUCUUCAAGCUGCUGAUCCCAAGGGUAGCGAGAGUGUGCAAGGGGGACCAGGGUGGCCUGAGGACCUUGCAAAAGAAGUGGACGUCGUUCCUGAAGGCUAGGCUGAUAUGCACCAGGCCGGACAGCAGCCUGGUCUUCAACGUGCUGCAGGACGUGUUCACCCUCAAGUCUCCGGGGAAGGAGCCCGUGUUCUACGGCGUCUUCACCCCACAGCUGAACAACGUGGGGCUGUCGGCCGUGUGUGCGUACAACGUGUCCACAGUGGAGGCGGUCUUCUCCCGCGGGAAGUACAUGCAGAGCGCCACAGUGGAGCAGUCCCACACCAAGUGGGUGCGCUACAACGGGCCGGUGCCCACGCCGAGGCCCGGCGCGUGCAUCAAUCGCGCUGCGCGUGCCGCCAACUUCUCGAGCUCUCUGAACCUCCCAGACAAGACCCUGCAGUUUGUCAAAGACCACCCCCUGAUGGAUGACUCCGUGAUCCCUGCGGAUGGCAAGCCCCGGCUCGUCAAGAGUGAUGUGAACUACACACAGAUCGUGGUGGACAGGGCCCAGGCCCUGGACGGGACAGUCUACGAUGUCAUGUUUCUCAGCACAGACCGGGGUGCCCUGCACAAGGCCAUCAGCCUGGACAGUGACAGCCACAUCAUUGAAGAGACACAGCUCUUCCAGGACUUGGAGCCUGUCCAGACUCUGUUGCUCUCCUCCAAGAAGGGCAGAAGGUUCAUCUACGCUGGCUCCAAUUCAGGCGUGGUCCAGGCGCCUGUGGCCUUCUGUGGAAAGCAUGGGACCUGCCAGGACUGUGUGCUGGCCCGUGACCCCUACUGCGCCUGGAGCCUCGCCACAGCCUCCUGCGUCACCCUGCAUGAAACUGACAGCCCCACCAGAGCUUUGGUCCAGCAGAUGAGCGGGGAUGUGUCUGCCUGCCCUGAUAAAGUUAAAGAGACUUACCGGCAGCAUUUUUUCAAGCACGGUGGCACGGCAGAACUCAAAUGCUCCCAAAAGUCCAACCUGGCACGGGUGCUGUGGAAGUUCCAGGAUGGUGUGCUCACUUUUGAAAGCCCCAAGUACAGCCUGGUGGGAAGCAAGAACUUGCUUAUCUUCAACCUGUCAGAGGGGGACAGUGGGGUGUACCAGUGUCUGUCAGAGGAGAAGGUCAGGAACAAGACGGUCUUGCAGCUGGUGGCCAAGCACGUUCUGGAGGUCAAGGUGGUCUCGAGGACCCCAGCGCUCUCCACGUCUCCAGCCACCCAGACCGAAAACAGUAGGCUCAUCCCCAGUCAGUCAGCAGGGACCACCCAGGGCACCCCUCCCCAGACGCCUGCUGCGCGGGCCCCCACGCACCAGCCGGGGCUGGGUGCCGCUGCCCUGCCCUCCAGCCCCACACCCACCAGCACGUCCUGUGAGCCCCAGAUCGUCAUCAACACGGUCACCCAGUUGCACUCGGAGAAGACGCUGUACCUCAAGUCUAGUGACAAAUACCUCCUCGUGUUCCUCUUCCUCCUCUUCUUCUCCCUCUGCCUGUGCCUCUUCUCCUACAACUGCUACAAGGGCUACCUGCCGGCACAGUGCUUAAAAUUCCGCUCUGCCGUGCUGCUGGGCAAGAAGAAGCCCACAUCCGACUUCUCGGACUGCGAGCAGAGUGUGAAGGAGACCCUGGUGGAGCAGGGCAGCUUCUCACAGCAGAAUGGAGGGCAGCCCAAGCCAGCCCUGGACACGGGCUACGAGACAGAACAGGAUACCAUGGCCAGCAGAGCGCCCACUGACAGGGAGGACUCUCAGAGACUUGAUGACCUGCCGGUCAAGGACAGGCCAUUCGAUGUCAAGUGUGAGCUGAAGUUUGCCGACUCUGACGCGGAUGGGGACUGAGAGCCCCGUCCACGGAUAGGUCUUGUGUCCACAGUCCCGUGACCUCGUCCAGUGCCGUGUAGGGUAGCCUGUUGUCAGCAAACCUCAGUCUUCUGUGUCUCUUCUCUUGGGUCGAGGUUGUGAGCUGGUAUCUGUCUUUUUGGAAAACGGCGAGAAUGCCCCCAGCCCCUGGCUGUUGAGCGCUGUCCAAGGUCCUGCAGGCAGUGAGGCCUGAGCCGGGGAGGGGCUGGCUGGACAGCAGCUGGUCGGAAGGCUUGUUCCCUGACUCUCCUUCCUAGCAGCCACUGAAAGAUAAUUGAAUUCCAGAUUGGAAAUGACGUUUUAGUUUAUCAGAUUGGUAACUUAUCGCCUGUUGUCAGGAUGGGCACACACCUUUUUUUUUCUUUCACAUGAUUGUUUUAGGAUUUGGCUUUAAUUAUGUUGGUCUGUUUGUUUGUUAGUCGUUGUUUUUUAAAAUUACUGAAGCAGAUGGUUUAAUAUUUAAAAGAUGGACAUCUUCUAGGUUUUGUUUAUAUUAGUGUCAGAUAUGACUUACGUUGCUUCAGAUUCUCAGGGAUAAACUUACUUUUGCUAAAUACAUUCUUUUUUGCUUAUAGAAAUGUAGACAAAACCAUCUCUUGACCUUUUUUUUUUUUUUUAGUUUUAUUCUUUGAGGGAAACUUCAUUUUCAGAGAGAUGUCCUUUCUGUACUUUUUUCUUGGCUUUGACUCUUGAAAAGGAGAAGGCAGUGGGGUUCUGUCUAUGGCAGUGGGGCGGAGCGAGGGAGAGAAACUGGGCAUCCCGGCGGGGCCGGGCUGCGUGAGUCGGACAGCAGCUCACACACAGCCUGAUGUCCCGAUCAGGAGAGCGCCCAUGCCGCAGCCUGGAUGUCACCCAGCGGACCCCGGUCACCCAGCCUCGCCUUGUCCUAUGGCUUCCACCUCACGCUGCCUGCCCAGGCUUCCCACUUGGCCAGCCUUUGCUGUCCACCACUGGAAAACAACUAGCCAGAGCCUCAACUCAAGCCUGUGCCCUAGCACCCGCCAAGGCCACACCGCUGACCUGCUCGCAGCCCUGGAGCAGGGGCUGCGAAGGGGGUUUCACAGUACUGACUCAUUUCUGCCUCCGCUUUCCAAACCCCAGAAGAGGAGCCUGUUGUCUGUGGCAAGGAGCAGUGAACUGGAAUUUUGUGUGCCCGUAUGGACAGUCUCAUCCUCCAGCAUGAUAGGAUUCGACCGUUUUGGUGUAAACAUUUGUGUUUUAUAAGAUUUACUUUGUUUUUAUUUUUCUACUUGGAAUUGUAUACAUUUGAAAAGUAAACUAAAUAAAUGAGACCCUUAUAUCCUUGACGUGGC